AUGGAUGCUCUUAAAAAGAAGCAAAAGUCGCUAAGAACUUCAUUUACCAAUGCAGUGAGGAAUUUGGCGCAACUCUUGGCGAUACUUGAAACUGACGCCAAGGAUACUGAUAAACUUCACGUAUUAAAUUCACAACUAAAAGAUAAAUUUUCUCGUUUGGAUGAGAUUCAAAACGAAAUAUCCUCAUUACUUUUAGAAGAGAACACGGCCGAAUACGAAACAGAUUUUGAAGCGGCUGAAAAUUACCGAGAUAGAUAUCUCGAACUGAAAUCGAAAGUGGCGACAUUCUUGAAUAAAAAUUCCAGAUGUGUUUCAGAAUGUUCUUCAAAAAACAAUGCAGCAAAAUUGAAACUACCGAAAUUUGAAUUAAAGAAAUUUUCUGGUGAUCCGAAAGAAUUCCUCACAUUUUGGAGUAUUUUUUCUAAAAUUCAUGAAUCGGAUGAGUUAUCUGAAAUCGAUAAAUUCCAGUAUUUAUAUCAAGCGAUGGUGCCUGAAUCCAAAGCUGCAAGAUUGGUUUCCAGUUUUCCAAUAACAUCUGAAAAUUAUUCUAAAGCGGUUCAACAGCUGAAAAUAAGAUUUGGAAGAGAGGAUCUUUUAGUAUAG